AUGGGCCGCGGGGCCUGCGUCCCCUCGGCGGCGUCGGGGGCCGGCGACCAGGCCCGCCGGCUCGGAGCGCUGCUGGGCGCGCUGUGCCUCUUCCCCGCGCUCGUGCUGUUGGCCUGGCCAGGAACCCCAGCUACCGGGGCCGGGGCGAGAGCAGCGCAGGGAGACGCUGUGCCCCAGACUUCGGGCGUCCUGGCCUCCGGGAACCUCGGUCCGCCGCAACCCCCGGCGCCCCGCAGACGCCGCUACACGCUGACCCCGGCCAGGCUGCGCUGGGAACACUUCAACCUUACGUACAAGAUCCUCUCCUUCCCGAGGAACCUGCUCAGCCCCAGCGAGACUCGGCGGGGUCUGGCCGCCGCCUUCCGCAUGUGGAGUGACGUGUCCCCCUUCAGCUUCCGCGAGGUGGCCCCCGAGCAGCCCAGCGAUCUCCGCAUAGGCUUCUACCCCGUCAACCACACGGACUGCCUGGUCUCCCCGCUGCACCACUGCUUCGACGGCCCCACGGGCGAGCUGGCCCACGCCUUCUUUCCCCCACACGGCGGCAUCCACUUUGACGACAGCGAGUACUGGGUCCUGGGCCCCACGCGCUACAGCUGGAAGAAAGGCGUGUGGCUCACUGACCUGGUGCACGUGGCGGCCCAUGAGAUCGGCCACGCGCUGGGCCUGAUGCACUCCCAGCACGGCCGGGCGCUCAUGCACCUCAACGCCACGCUGCGCGGCUGGAAGGCACUGUCACAGGACGAGCUGUGGGGGCUUCACCGGCUCUACGGCUGCCUGGACCGGCUGUUUGUGUGCGCGUCCUGGGCGCGGAGGGGUUUCUGCGACGCCCGCCGGCGACUCAUGAAGAGGCUGUGCCCCAGCAGCUGCGACUUCUGCUAUGAGUUCCCCUUCCCCACUGUGGCCGCCACCCCGCCGCCCCCCAGGACCAAAACCAAGCUGGUGCCCGAGGGCAGGAAUGUGACCUUCCGUUGCGGUCAGAAGAUCCUCCACAAGAAAGGCAAAGUAUACUGGUACAAGGACCAGGAACCGCUAGAGUUCUCCUACCCUGGCUACCUGGCCCUGGGCGAAGCGCACCUGAGCAUCAUCGCCAACGCCAUCAACGAGGGCACCUACACGUGUGUGGUGCGCCGGCGGCAGCGCGUGCUCAGCACCUACUCCUGGCGCAUCCGCGUGCGGAGCUGA